AUGUUCAUACUGAAUAAGACAGUGGGCAUUUUUCCCAAACCAUCAAAAAGGAAAGUUUUUGGACUUUUAAGAACUUUUAGUUUUCAUCCUGGACCACAACUUCUUCAUAAACUGGUAUUGGGAAUUGAAACCAGCUGUGAUGAUACAGCAGCUGCUGUGGUGGAUGAAAGUGGAAAUGUCUUAGGAGAAGCAAUACAUUCCCAAACUGAAGUUCAUUUAAAAACAGGUGGGAUUAUUCCUCCAGUAGCUCAACAGCUUCACAGAGAAAAUAUUGAACGGAUAGUACAAGAAGCUCUUUCUGCCAGUAGAAUCUCUCCAAGAGAACUCUCAGCGAUUGCAACAACCAUAAAACCAGGACUUGCUUUAAGCCUGGGAGUAGGCUUAUCAUUUAGUUUACAGCUGGUAAACCAGUUCAAAAAACCGUUCAUUCCCAUUCAUCAUAUGGAGGCUCAUGCACUUACUAUUAGACUGACCAAUAAAGUAGACUUUCCCUUUUUAGUUCUUCUGAUUUCUGGAGGUCACUGUCUAUUGGCAUUAGUCCGUGGAGUUUCAGAUUUUCUCCUUCUUGGAAAGUCUCUGGACAUAGCACCAGGUGACAUGCUUGACAAGGUAGCAAGGAGACUUUCUUUAAUCAAACAUCCAGAAUGUUCCAUUAUGAGUGGUGGGAAGGCUAUUGAACAUUUGGCUAAACAAGGAAAUGGAUUUCAUUUUGAUAUCAGUCCACCUAUGCAGCGUGCUAAAAAUUGUGAUUUUUCUUUCUCUGGGCUUCAACAUGUUAUUGAUAAAAUAAUAAUGCAAAAGGAAAAAGAAGAAGGUAUUGAGAAGGGACAGAUCCUGUCUUCGGCUGCAGACAUUGCUGCUGCAGUCCAGCACACAACAGCAUGCCACGUUGCAAAAAGAACACACCGUGCUAUUCUCUUUUGCAAGCAGAGAGGCUUGUUACCUCAAAGUAAUGCAGUAGUAGUUGUAUCUGGAGGUGUUGCAAGUAACUUGUAUAUCCGGAGAGCCCUGGAAAUCGUAGCAAAUGCAACACAAUGUACUUUGUUGUGUCCUCCUCCCAAAUUGUGCACGGAUAAUGGCAUUAUGAUCGCAUGGAAUGGCAUUGAAAGAUUACAUGCUGGCUUGGGCAUUUUACAUGACACAGAUGGCAUCCGCUAUGAGCCAAAAUGUCCUCUUGGAAUAGAUAUAUCAAAAGAAGUUGAAGAAGCUGCCAUAAAAGUACCAUCAUUAAAAAUGAAGAUUUGAUUUUUACUUUCUGAAAAUUUUCUACAGGUAGUGUUUAAAUAGUAAAGUUAAUUUAAUGUCUUAUAUAUUAGGUUGUAGUUAUACAUGAAUUAGCCAUUUAGACAUUAUUUUGGGGGGAAUACUGAAGGAAGUUAAUAGGAGGAAGAAAAAGGAGGAACAGAAGAGAAUAUGAUGGAAGUAUAUUGUAUGUACAUGUGAAAACAUAAUGUAUCCCAUUUUUUUUAAUUGCAAGAAAGUUUUUGAAGGAAGGCCUAGAGAGGUGAAUGAUAAGAAAGACAUCCAGGGGAAGUAAAUAUGAUCAAAGCACAUUAUAUGGAAAUACCACAAUGAAACCUCUCACUUCAUACAAUUAAUGUACACUACAAUACACUUUAUAUGAUAACAUACAUAUAAAAUAAUUUUGAAGACUCUUGUUAUUCCUUUUCUUAUAUCUGCUCUUCUCAGAGACUAGCUAACUGGAAGCUAGCUCAGACAGAAAAAUUCCAGACACUCUUCAAUUAACAGAUUAUAGCAGAAUAGAGGCAUGGCUCAACUGAUAGUGCCAUUUAUGAAUGGAAAAGCCAAGAGAAGCCCUGAGUUUAAGUCCUGGUACGGCACAAAAUAAAAGAAAUAAAAGAAACUUUGACAUUUGGAUUUGCAUUCUGUAUCUGUGAAUGUUGCUAUAGUAGUCAGAGUAAUAUAAAUUAUGGAGUAAAAUUACCAAACCUUUUUCUGUCAUGUAAACUAUAACUAUAAUCUGAAAUUUUCAGAGUCUAAAAUUUUUUCCAGGUGCUCUCCUAAGAGGUAGAAAAAGGAGUAACAGAGAAAAAUGGGAAAGGGAAAAUUGCCAAGCUUUUAUUGGCAAGCAUAUGUGCCAAAAUUAUAGUACAGCCAAGAAGUAGGCAACUGGUUGAAACUCUACGUGUCCAGAGCCCUCUCUCAGCCAUAGUUUUUUUUUUCCCCCCCAAGGAAAAGAAAACAUGGUUUAAUAAAAAUAAUACUGACAUGUCAUAUGUUGUAGGAAUAGUAGGAUGGUCUGGUUUAGUCAAAACACAAAUACCUGUGACUAAACACAAAGAUUCCACUUAUUCUCAACCUAAAAACAAUCUUCAAAUACCCUAGAACCUGCAUGAAGCCAGUUUCAAAGUACAAAAUGUGCUCUGAA